UGAUGUGUGAUGAGUUGGAGAUUCUUAACAGGGAGAUUGAGAGGUUAUUACAAAGCGGCAUCGUGGAAAGAAGCUCUUUAAGCUCAGAAUCUCUUCAGACAUCAACCUCUGAUUCCUGGGAUGUAGUUACUGCUUCAAGCAGUGGACCACAAGGCAGUUUAGUGAAGGCAGCUGUAUCGAGUGGAGCAUUGCUGGUUUCAGAGUCUUCAGGAUGGCAUCCAGAUGACCAUUACUCUUCUGGCUUCUCCAGAAUAGCAUCUGUUGUUGGGAUUAUGCUGAAUGACUCUGAUUUACUUCUGCCCUCCUGUGAUUCCUCCCUUGGCUUAAGUGGACAGGAAGAACUAAUUCCAGCAACCUCUAAUGCUGUGUCAGAGGUGAAUUUUUGGAACAGUAAUAUCAGUACUAUGGAAGAAGAUAAUUUGGAAUCUGUGACACUGGAAUCUCAGUCUAACAUGGAAAAUUCUUCUCUUGCUGCGGACGACAAAGAUGAACAAAGCAAUGAGGAUGAACCAAAAACCGUGAAGCCCACUAGCAAGGAGUUCAGGAAAACCUGGGGGUUUCGUAGAACUACCAUUGCAAAGCGAGAAGGCUUAGGGGAUGCCGAGAUGGACAUUGCUGAACAAGCCUCUCCUCAGCAGCAAAACCUGGCUCCUCGCCGUAGUGGACGACAGCCCAAGCGUACUGAACGGGUGGAAGAAUUUCUCACAACCGUGAGGCGCAGAGGGCGGAAGAAUCUUCCCGCCGCUCUUGAGGACUUCAAUGAGCCCGCUUCUUGCCAUGUGACCGAUGUCGAAAGUGCUUCUGAAGGCAGUGUAGAUAGCAUGCCCGAUAUAAAGAACGUCCCUCAAAAGAACCGUUCUAACGACAGCAAAGGCCAGCCGACUCGAAAAGGUAGAAGCGCGAAAGAGCACGAUGAGGAAGACGAUGAGGAAGAUACCUCUGACAGCGAUAGCGAUGGGUUAACUUUGAAAGAGUUGCAGAACCGUCUGAGAAAGAAACAGGUUGAAGAGAAACCCUCGGAGCUGACGCUGAAAGAGAUACAGAAUCAACUCAGGAAGAAACAUCAGGAACAAAUUCCUGCUGAGGCAGCGGAUGUCCAGACCAGCAGCCAAAUUAAGCAUGAAAUGACUGUAAAGCAAGAACCAGGAACUACAGAUAAUGCUGAGGCUGGGGAACAAGGGUCUGUCUCCAAGGAAACCAGUGAAGCAGGUCAGAUUAAGAAAGAAAUAAAAUGUGCUUCACAGAUCAUCGAUGAACUUGAAGAAUGCACAAAGGGCAAAUCGGAAGCAGAAGUAUACGACCCCAGUACGCUUUACUGCAUCUGUCAACAGCCUCACAACAACAGGUUUAUGAUUUGUUGUGAUAGAUGCGAGGAAUGGUUUCACGGGAAUUGUGUAGGUAUUUCAGAGGCCCGUGGGCGCCUACUGGAAAGAAAUGGAGAAGACUAUAUCUGCCCAAACUGCACCAUUUUGCAAGUGCAAGAUGAAAUAGUUAUGGAAACAGAUCGACAGGAAACUCUGCUGGGACAGGUAACAGGUGAUGGCACAGAGUUCACAAGCAUAGGAACUAUUGAACAAAAGUCCAUUGAGGAUCAAGGCAUCAAGGGUCGUAUUGAGAAAGCUGCAAAUCCAAGUGGAAAGAAAAAACUCAAAAUAUUUCAGCCUGUGGUUGAAGAUCCCGAAGCAGCCAAUUGCAUUGGCCCAGGAUGCUCUAAGGUGGCUCAGCCAGGUUCAGUAUACUGUGGGAACGAGUGCAUCCUUAAGCAUGCUGCUGCGACCAUGAAAUUCCUCAGUGAGGGCAAAGAACAAAAACCCAAAGAGAAAACCAGACCCAAGCCUGCUCUGAUAAAACCUCAGACUAUGGCGGGUACCAAACCUUUGUCCAUGCAGAAGAGGCCAGUGGCUGAGAAGAGAGAGAUGAUCGUGAAGAAAACACCAGUGGCCAUUAUUAAGACAGAAGCGAACGCUCAGACAGUUGCUAAAGAGCCAACCCCAGAGAGCAGCACGCCAUCCUGGGCCAGCGAUCAUAAUUAUAAUGCAGUAAAGCCAGAACAGACUCCUGCCAUUUCACCAGCACUGUUAUUCAAAUGUAUGUAUUUUCCAGGGAUAUUCUUCUGCAGUCGUUUAUUCUUCCUAUCAAUACAUUUUUCAAUUUUGGGGCCAGCAAAACAAAAAACGGAAAGGGAUUUUAAUGGCUCCCUUGCUCUAUCUUCAAAGAUUGACACACAUAUUUCACAGGGAAAAUUCCUUGCAUACUCCCUGUUGCGGGAGAAGGCAGAGUCCCAUUCCUCUGUUUUAAAGAUUAUGUACAAAGCCCUUGUAACAAAGCAGUUCUGUGUGCUGGUCAAUAAGAUGUCACCAGCGCAUAAAGAAGAGCGGAAGGUUGAGGAUAAACCAGGAGAGCCUCCUGCGAUGCUGAAGAAAACGGUUGCACCGACGUCGGUGGUUGAGAAACACGUGUCUUCCCAAACAAGAAGUGUGUCCCUGAAGAAGCCCUCGCCGUUUGCCAGUACUUCACUGGUCAAGACCCCGGUGAAACACUCGGCCGCAAGUUUUAAAGGGGUCAUACCCAAGAAGUCUUCGCUUGCAACGGGUCCUCCCGCUUCAGGCGGCCUUUCGUCCUUAAAGCCACCGUUGUCCUCCUAUGGAGGCCCUUCCAUGGCUAAAAAACCAGUCCCCCCCUCUAGCACAAUGGCAGGGCUUAGGAGACCGGCCAUGUAUCCCGCUUCUUCUACAGCCACCUCAUUCCCUCCACAAGCCAAGCUAGCUGCUGCAAGCACCAGCCAGUCGCAGCCCAAUUCUCAGAUUCGACAAAACAUACGGAGGUCUCUUAAAGAAAUUUUGUGGAAAAGAGUAAAUGACAGUGAUGACUUGGUCAUGACAGAAAACGAAGUGGGGAAGAUUGCACUGAAUAUUGAAAAGGAGUUGUUCAAUUUAUUCCAGGCUACAGAUAAUCGAUAUAAGAGUAAAUAUCGCAGUAUUAUGUUCAACCUCAAGGACCCCAAAAACCAGGGUCUUUUCCACCGUGUUCUUCGAGAAGAUAUUCCUUUGUCAAGGCUUGUAAGAAUGAAACCCGAAGAACUCGUAUCUAAAGAGCUGUCAUCGUGGAAAGAAAAACCAGCCAAAUCAAUAAUGGCAUCUCGGCGUAAAACCUUUGAAAAUAAAAAAAUGGCUGUGAAACAAGAACCUAUCCCAGAUAUUAACAUGGAAGAUUCCCCACCAGUGUCUGAUUCUGAUGAGCAGCAAGAAUCAGAUCGAGCAGCACCUGAAAAGAGCAGUGCUCCUGUUUUGGAUGUUUUCAGCAGUAUGUUGCAGGACACCACAAGUCAGCAUCGGGCCCACCUUUUUGAUCUGAACUGCAAAAUUUGCACAGGUCAGAUUUCUGCCUCUGAUGAAGAAUCGACUUCAAAAAAACCCAAAGCAUCAGCUGCUAAGAAGACAGAACCAAAGUCAGAGACUAAGUCCAAACUGGAAAGCUCAACGCCAGCAGAUGACAUGGAGGUGGUAAAAGAGGAAGAUCUGGAGAGCGUCCCAAAAGCCAUUGCUGGACCUGCGACUGAGACAAUGGCCCAGCCAAGUUUGGAAAGAACUUACAUUCCUUUAUCCCAAGUGCAAAACAACUCGGAAUCUUCUCUGUCCACGGAGAAUUCAGCCUAUCCCACAUUCUACACUGCUGGGGUCAUCACAACAGUCACUGUUUCUGGCAAAGAUCCCCGAACGGCUGUGAGCACCUCUGCAGCUUCUGGUUCUGCUGGGAUUUCCCCAUUGCAUCCCACUUCCAUUCUUGACAAAGGUUCUGUAGCAGAGAGCAAGCCAGAAAUAUUAAGGCCUGUUUUAUCAGCUCCAAAGUCCAUUUUAACAAAACCGUCUUCAUCGGACCCAAGAUACUUGGCAGGUCCAUCAUCUUUAAAUGUCAGUAUGUCAGAGAGUUGGUCCCCCCCAGAAGGAGAUACGUCCCUGUUUCUUUCUCGUCUGAAUACCAUUUGGAAAGGCUUUAUCAACAUGCAAGGCGUGGCUAAAUUUGUCACCAAAGCUUAUCCAGUCUCCGGGUGCUUUGAUUAUCUCAGUGAGGAUUUACCAGACACAAUUCAUAUUGGAGGGAGGAUCUCACCCAAAACAGUGUGGGAUUAUAUUGGCAAACUUAAAUCCUCUGUAUCAAAGGAAUUGUGUUUAAUCCGUUUCCAUCCAGCAACAGAAGAGGAGGAAGCUGCCUACAUCUCUCUCUACUCCUACUUUAGCAGCCGGUGCCGCUUUGGAGUUGUAGCUAAUAACAACAGGCAUGUCAAGGACCUGUAUUUGAUCCCCCUCAGGGCUAAGGAUCCCAUUCCAUCCAAACUUUUGCCUUUUGAGGGACCAGGUAAGCAAUAA